AUGUUGCAGAUACUGGUCCUCCUGCUGCUUCAGGUAGCAUAUGUUUUUGGCUGUGGCACACCUGCUGUCACACCCAACACCAAUAGGGUGGUAAAUGGAGAAGAUGCUCGCCCCCAUAGCUGGCCCUGGCAGAUCUCCCUGCAGGUGAAGCACGGCAGCCGUUAUCAUCACACUUGUGGAGGAACUCUGGUUGGACCUCGCUGGGUGCUGACUGCUGGACACUGCAUCUGGCCAGGAGAUGUGUACCGUGUGGUCCUGGGAGAGUAUGACAUGAGCAAACAAGAAGGCACAGAACAGAUCAGAGACGUCCUGCGCAUCAUUGUCCAUCCCCUGUGGGACAUUGACCGUGUGGCUGAUGGCAAUGAUCUUGCCCUGCUGAAGCUGGAUAAGAGUCCCAUUAUGAAUGACAGCGUUGGCCUGGCUUGUCUUCCAGAGGCUGGAGAGAUCCCCUCCCAUGGGGCAGCUUGUUACAUCUCCGGCUGGGGCAACCUUUACACUCACGGCCCCAUGCCUGAUAAGUUGCAGCAGGCCUUGCUGCCUGUGGUGGAGCACAGUGUGUGCAGCCGCAGUGACUGGUGGGGCAUUAACGUCAAGACCACUAUGAUCUGUGCUGGAGGAGAUGUCGUAUCUGGAUGCAAUGGAGACUCUGGAGGUCCUCUGAACUGUAUGGGUCAGGAUGGUAGGUGGUACGUCCAGGGCGUCACUAGCUUUGUUUCCUCUCGCACCUGCAAUGAGGUGAAGAAACCCACCGUCUUCACACGCACCUCUGCCUUCACCGAGUGGCUCAGUGAGGUUAUGCUGAAAUACUGA